AUGGACAGGCAUGUCUCGUCUGUGACGAUCUUCACCAGCUCACUCGCACUCACGGCCAUUGGCAUCGUGUGCCUCGGAAUCUACCUUUUGGUUGAUACCUGGCGUUAUAGCCUGCGAGAGAAAGCGUUGGGCUGUGGAAGGCCAAACAGGCUACGCAACAAACUACCCUAUGGCAUCGACUACCUCUGGACUCUGCAAAAGGCCGACCGAGAGAAUCGAGUCCCUCAGCAACUCCUGAAGAUCUGUCGAGACGUCAAGUCUGCCACUUUUGUUCAGAACCUUGCUGGGCGUGAUGGAAUUGGAACAUCGGAUCCGAAAAACAUCCAGGCUCUGCUUGCCCUGCAAUUCAAGGAUUUUGGCCUUGGUUCACGCCGACGCCAGAACUUCUAUCCAUUGCUGGGAAACGGUAUUUUCACUGCAGACGGAGAGAUGUGGGAGCACUCAAGAGCAAUCUUGCGUCCACAGUUCUCACGAGGACAAGUUUCUGACCUCGAGCUAGAAGAACGUCAUGUUCAGGAGAUGUUCAAUCAGCUCAAUGUCGAUGCGUCAGGCUGGACUUCGUCCGUCGAUCUGGCCCCCGUGUUCUUUCGCCUGACAAUGGACACAGCGACCGAAUUCCUGUUCGGAGAGAGUGUCAAUUCUCAGAGAGCACACGCUCUGCAGCACUCCUCUGAUCUUCCCGUGCAUGAUUUGAGAUGGUCGAAAGUCGGUGCCAACUUCGAUCACGGAACAGCCACUCUCGGUAUUCGUGCUCGGUUGGAAGGGUUAUAUUGGCUGUACAAUCCUAAAUCAUUUCGCGAGGAUAUCCGGGAGGUUCACAAAUUUGCCGAUCAUUGCAUCAACCAGGCUCUUAAGCGGAGACAGAUGGGGUCUGUGAAAGAUCAGAAGAAGUACAUCUUCUUGGAUCAGCUGCUCGAUGUGGUCAACGAUCCUGCCGAGCUAAGAAGCCAAUUGCUCAAUAUAUUUCUAGCCGGUAGGGACACGACAGCAGGGCUUCUGGGCUGGACAUUUUGGUGUUUGGCACGGCAUCCAGGUGUCUAUUCCAAGCUAAGGACUAGCAUAGUCGACCAAUUUGGGUCAUCAGAGAGGGAGGACACCAUCACGUUUGCCGGGUUGAAAUCUUGCUCUUAUUUGCAACAUGUCAUGAACGAGGUCCUUAGGCUCUAUCCAUCCGUUCCAUUCAAUUUCCGACAAGCCACAAGAGACACAACCUUACCUCGAGGAGGUGGACCUGAUGAAUCUGCGCCAAUAUACGUUAAAAAGGAUCAGAGUAUCAGCUAUUCAGUCUUCGUGAUGCACCGUCGAAAAGAUCUCUGGGGCGCCAAUGCUGAUGAAUUCGACCCUGAUCGGUGGGUUGGUCGCAAAACUGGCUGGGAAUAUCUUCCAUUCAAUGGUGGGCCAAGAAUAUGUUUAGGUCAACAAUUUGCUCUGACUGAAGCGGGAUAUGUGAUAACCAGAAUGGUACAGCGCUUCGAGAAGAUCUCGAACACUGAUCCGGAGGACGAGCCUUUGCAACAGUACAGCUUGACCAGUGCACCGAAGAGUACCUGGGUACGAUUGUACCACGGAUAG